UUUUUAUUCAGACGUCUUGGUAUAUCUUCCCGAACGAAGUUACAUUCGUCUACAGCAGCAUCUACACCGUGUUGACUUUCGGACUCGGACACGUCUGUCUCAAAGAGGACCUAAAUCGACUUAAAGUCAGCACUCUACUCCUCAUCCAACCAAUCACACUUCUUCUCAUCUUCCUGGCUAUACGCAUUGCACGAUCUUACAACUACCUUGGAACUCGAUUGGCAAGACUUCAGAGCAACAUGAAACUAGUGCGGGUCAUGUGGUUUGUUCUUGUCUACAGCUACUUUAUGCUCACCUUCACAGCUCUCAGUGUGUUCUGGUGUGUGAAAAUCAACGACAGGCAGGUGCUUGCCAUGGAUGGUUCCGUAGAUUGCUAUGUGUCACCGCAUCUAGGCUAUGUCCUGGCAGCAGUCGCAAUCCUGGCCAUAGUUAUCCUCCCACCGCCAUUGCUAUUACUCAUUCGACGAACACAUGGUCAUAUCAUGUUGAAGGGUUUCGUGGACGAGGCGUGCUGCAUGUACACUGAUGAGUGCCGCUGGUGGUCAGCUGUGAACCUGUUGAGGCGUAUUGCCAUUGGCCUGCUUGGAUCACUACCGUUUUCGAGCGCGGUGUCCAGACUGUUGGUGACAUCUGGAUUCCUUCUGCUACUUCUGAUUGUGUAUAGCACAGUUCGGCCUCUUCGGAAGGGUGAUUUUGCGGGUGUUGGCUACAACACAUGGGAGUCGUUCAUGCUCUGUAUUUCCAUCUGUAUCUCGGUACUCUACAGUGUCAUGUACGAGUCGCAGAUGACCGAAAACUAUGUGUUAUGGGUCAGUGGGGCACUCUUCCUUACGCCCACUGCGUUGGUGCUAACAGCACUCCUCUGUCGACAAUGCCUAGCCAAGGAGGGAGGCUACGGAAGAUUCAGGACUCUCUCCGUUCGCCGCAUGUUGCGGCGUCGGCAAGAGGGACGUAGACGGGAGAGAAACGAAUCACAUCUGGACGAAACAGCCUUGGCUAACUUGAUAGGCGACAUCAGAGACCCACUCUUAGUUGAUAACAUACGUGAUCAAGAAGAGGGUCGUCUCAAAAUUAUGUUGUGUGACCAUGCACCUGAUAGAUCUUCAACAACACGAAAAACUGUAUUUGCUGUAAAUUAG